AUGGCCCCCAAUCCACCCUUCCCUUUCCCAGCAGUACUGCCCAAUCCCGACGUCCCAAUCGAAGAAACCCUAUCACGAUGGUCAUACAGCAACGUAUCCAAACCAGCCCUCCACGUCGUCCCCGAGAAUGAAGGACACAUUAUCCAAGUACUGGAAUACGCGCAUUCGCACCAUCUCACCAUCGUGGUGGCCGGAGGCGGGAACGCUGCAUUCGUGCCUAUUACGAAAGAUACUCUAUAUCUCAGUCUUGAAAAGUUCGAUGGGAUUGAAUUGGAUGAGGGGAGGCAGACGGUGACGUUUGGUGGGGGGGUAAGGGCGGGGAGUGUGUUGAGGUAUCUUGCUGAGCGGGGUUUCUAUACUGUGCUUCCGAGUAGUAAUGCGGUGGGCAUGGCGGGGUUUGUGCUUGGUGGUGGUGGGGUGAGUUGUUUUUGUUUUUGUUUUUGUUUUUGUUCCUUUUUGAGUCGGGUGGACGUAGCAAGAUGGAGAUGUAGAUACUGAGCUGACUUGACGGGAUUUGCAGCAUCAUUUUAUCGGCCUGCAUGGUUUGACGGUUGAUAACGUCGUGUCCUUCCGAGUCAUCACCACCGAUGGAAGGGUUUUUGAUCUAGACCGGGCCUCUGUGGGAGAAGAGGGGUCCCUAUUCAAGGUGCUGAAUGGUGCUGGUCUUGGAUACGGCGUCGUUGUCUCCAUCACUAUGAAAGUCUAUCCGCUGUCCGGUCUUAGGAUGGAAAAUAACCAGUUCGUCAUCCGUAGACUUAUAUUCCCAGCCGAGGAGAUAGGCGCUGCGGCCGAAGCCCUGGUUUCCUUUCAGCAUCUCGAUCCAAAGUUGAUCGUAGCACUCGCUUGUGUCAAUGCACCGCCGGGUACGCCGCCGUCUGGUACACCGUUAGUAGUCCUGGAAUCCACAUACUUUGGGAGCGAGCAGGAAGCAGAGAGGAAGACAGCUAUCCUCUUUGAACAGCCACUCGUCGAAAAAGCGAGCAUGGCGAUGACGGUCAGCGAACCAUUCGUGAAGCUCAACGAUGCAACCCCAAACACGACUGGUGACUACAGAGACAUCCACGUCGCAGCCCUCCAAGAGAUCUCCAACAGUGCAAUCGAAGAAGCUUUUCAUCUAUGGCAGACAUUCACAUCUGACAACAAGGAUGCUAAUAGGACGAUGUUGGCGUUUAGUCGCUUUGACACAUCCUUUUCCGAGAAAGUCAAACAACCAGGCGAAUUUAUUGGGACGAGAGAUAGAGGGACGGCGUGUAUUGCGAUGACUUGCUUCUCCAAACCGGAGGUGAGGGAUAAAGCUGAGGACUUUGCGGUAGCGUUUAAGGAUGUCGUUAGAAGAAGCGAUGGGAAGGGUGAACCUAGGACGGUGCUGAAUAAUAUGAGGCCCCAUACGAGGCUGGGUGAGAUAUUUGAGCAGGAGGCUUUUGUGGAGAUUAGGAGGGUGAAGAGUCGGUGGGAUGAGGGGGGGAUGUUUUGGUGUCCUUGGUUUGGGGAUAUUUGA